UUUUGACUUGAGUUCGUUGUCACAUUUCUGUGGGGCCAAUUAUGUAUUACUCGUGCACUCACUGUAGUUGUCUCGCCAUGCUGCACUAUUUGCAUAUACUGGCCACUCAUGCCAGAGUAGCAUCUGCUCCAUUUGCACACUGAUUGAGGAGUAUCUGUAACAUUUGCACAACCAACGUUGUCCCAGAUUAUCGCACUACUCAUCACUUUAAACUGCAUACACUCCUUGAAGUCUCAGCGCCCUUUGCACAAUGGUCAUUGCACCGGACUUUUGCAGUAUUAGUCAUUCGAACUGCUCUAAGUGCUAGAGGACUCUGCAUCUUUUUGCACAAUUGUUUUUUGUCAAUGUCUUUAUGUCUCCAAAGUGUUCUGUAAAUUGACUGUCUGUUGUACUAGAGCGGCUCCAACUACCGGAGACAAAUUCCUUGUGUGUUUUGGACAUACUUGGCAAAUAAAGAUGAUUCUGAUUCUGAUAAUACGCACCCCCAAAGUUGAACUCAAAAGUCUGGAAAACCCUUCUACCUAUAUAUAAUGCAUUUUUUCAAUACAUGAUUUUGCUGGGAAUUGUAAACAUUUGAGGUGAAGGCAUCAAUUGCUCGCUGUUUUUUGCUUAUCGCGGCACGGUUUAGUCUUGGUUUUACUGUACCUGUAAUUUUAUCCAGCCCUGAACAUUGGUAGGAAGCCACCGUUCUGCACUCAGAAUCAUACACUUAAGCCUUAAGCUCCAAUAAUACUUGUCAUAACCUUUAUAUGUGAAACCUUUUCUCUUUUUUCAGUUCAUUGGUGCCUUACAAUAUGGCGCCACAUUAUGAUGCCAUGUUAUUACCUAUCGGACGCAGCUAAUGUCAACCCACCUCCAAAAAAAAACGAAAACAAAACACAUCAGGCUUCACCUUUACAAACAGUACUGUGGUUAGCUGGACCAGACUGGACCACUUGUUGUAAACGUCGCUAUUAAACUGCCCUCACCUCCAUCUUUUUACCCCUCUCAUUAUGACGCCUGCAGCGUGAGUGCAUCUCCAGUGCUUUGAGAUAUUUAAAAAAGCGGGAAACAAGUUGAGACUGGAAGCAGCUCGGGUUGUCGGGGUGCAGAUGCCAUGUCUGAGUCAUCAAGUUUCACAGUGAAACCAAGAAGUGUCACAAUCAGCGGCAUCCUCCAUACACGUCCCACCCCCAGACUCGGUUUCCUUUCUGCGAUCUCUUAACGCCUUUCACGCCUCCCUUCCUCCUUCGCUCAAUGAAGACAUGUUGACUGUUGGAAUAUUUGUAGUUUGGCGACAACUGUGGAGAUUUGUUUUUUUUUGGGGGGGGGGGUUGCAUCGUCCACGUUAACUCAUCUUCUCUUUGUACACAGGUCCGAUUCCGGCCGAGCGAGAGGGUGAGCUGGCCAUGGGGGUGGGUCGCACUGAAACCUCUCCGCUGAGCGGGCCAGUGGGGCAAGGCCUCAACACAACCCAGAAUUCCCAGCGACCAAGCGCCUGCUGCUUCUGCUGGUGCUGCUGUUGUAGCUGUUCAUGUCUUACCAUCAGGAACGAAGAUGAGAGGAGGAGGCGCAGGAGGAAGAGGAUAUCACAGGACAACAAGAUGGAAACAAUACCAAACUGUGAAGCUUGCACCAAACCCUCAGUGGAGGAAAUGCAGCUCUGGUCUCAAUCUUUCGACAAGCUGAUGAGGAACCCGGCGGGUCGCAAUGUUUUUCGGGAGUUUUUGCGCACAGAGUACAGUGAGGAGAACAUGUUGUUCUGGCUGGCCUGUGAAGACCUCAAACAGGAAAUUAACAAGAACAUAAUUGAGGAGAAGGUGCUCUCCAUCUACGAGGACUACAUUUCCAUACUGUCGCCAAAAGAGGUGAGUCUGGACGCUCGCGUACGGGAGGUGAUCAACAGGAAGAUGCAUGACCCGACACCUCAGACUUUCGAGGACGCCCAGUUGCAGAUCUACACACUGAUGCACAGGGACUCCUACCCACGAUUCCUCUCCUCCACCAUCUACAAAUCACUCUUUCACGGGAACUCACGGAGCUCCUCCGAGUCCUAGUCCAGCACUGUCCUACACGCUUCCCUUCUGACCAUUUCAUAUCCCUACAGGUGAUACUGCCCUUACCCCAAAUCUAUGCCAUGACUGCCAAGACUUUACAAUGGCCAAGACACCUCAAGUCCACCUCUGUCCCAUCCACCCACUUGUGCAUUUCCCCUUUUUCACAUUCACAUCUUCCUUUUUAGUCUGUUUCUUCAUUCUCUUACGUUAAGGACAAAUCCAAACCAGAGGUACUCUCACAAAACCAUGAACAAUUGAUUGAUAAGGCCAGAGAGCAUUCAGUCUAACCACGUUACACAGCCUCUGCCCACUGUACUUGUGGCAGUGCUUAAAUGAUUGUUUGAUCAAUUUCACCAAGAUGCUUCUUUUUUAUGUUUUAGAACUGGAACUGACCCCUGCUGGUUGACGAUGACACAUUGUCAUCUGACAUGCUUUGGAUAGUCUUUAUCAACGGUACAGAAAAUUUUUAGUCAAUCCGGAUGAAUUAGUGCUUCAUAUUUCCAUGUUUGACUCAAGAGGCCAGCAUGUCGAAAUGAAGAAGUUGCUAACUUCGUUGAGCUGAAACUGAAGGAUUCUGCCUUAUACUGCAUUGACUCACGGUCGCCAACCAGUGGAAUCAAGUUGUAUUACAAGAGAAGACCCACCAGUGCUACGGUAGCCUAGUGAGGCUAAAAUUAAUGUCAAUACAAUGUGUACUGUAAUGGAGCUAAAAGUACCCCCAGAUAUUAAUGUAGUACAAUACUAUCAUUAUAGUAUUUAAAUUUAGAAUAGUAUUAUUCAAUGUGGGCAGCAUUGUGGUUGAGCGGUUAGCACGCCAGCCUCCCAGUUCUGAUGUUUGGCAUUCAAAUCUCAGCCCUGGCCUUCCUGUGUUGACCUUGCGUGAGUUUUCUCCGAGUACUACACUUUCUUCCUCCAUUGCCAAAACAUACGUUAGGUUCACUGAAGACUCUAAAUUUGGGGGUUUUAAAUGGAGCCUUCUAUUCCAAUUAUAAUUGGUUUAGAAGCCCAAACUGAGUGAAAAUGCUCCAUAUAAACACCUCAAUUGAAAUAUACAGACCGAAUCCGAAUGGACUUUCAUUCAGUUUCACAGGGGCGGAACAUUCCUUUUGCCAAACCGAUCAGAAUAAAAAUUUUAUAAACCAUGACUUGGAAAGGAGCCGGGCUGCGCUCUGUCUCUGCAUGCUCUCUGUUGACGUAAAUGUGCGGUGACGUCAUCGUUUACACACGUAAACAAGGCGCCUCCCAACCAGAGCUCUUAUGCGACGGAUAUCUUUUGAACUACAUGUAACUUGUUUUGCUCAAGCUGUUGUAGAAUCCCAACUGCUGUGAUAAAUAGACGACGGACCUCCAUCUUGAUAAAAUGACGUUCACGACGAAGUGCGCGUGUCACACGGCUGUUCCGAUUAAGUGUAAUGCACAUCAUGUAUAUAUCUGAUCGGAAUAGAUCACGUCACAUGUAAACAAUUGACCGGAGAUCUUCAACUGGAAUGAAUUCAAUCGGAAUGCCAAAAGAUCUGCACGUAAUUCUGGUUAUUGUCCAUAGGUGUUAAUGACAGUGUGAAUGGUUGUUUGUCUCCGCAUGUGCCGUGCGAUUGGCGGGCGACCAGUCCAGGGUGUACCCCGCCUCUUGCCCAAAGUCAGCUGGGAUGUGCUCCGACUCACCCGCGACUCAAAUGAGGACGAUCAUAAUAGAAAAUAGAUAAAUGGGGGGAUUACAUUUGUGAAUUUUAGCUGUUUGACCUACAGAGCUCUAUUUGGGUCUACAUACUUUUUAUUUGUUUUAUUUUAACACAAAAUCGAGAAAACGUCAUUAUUUGUCGGUCCUGUUGUUUUUUUCCAUUCCCUAUUCCUCAUCAUGUUUGUCCAUCUUCUUCCUCGUUGCUUGUGUUCCCAGCCACCUCAUUUUUUAGGCCGCCCGAAGACUGCAGUCGUUCAAAUCCCUGAGCUAGUUGACCAGCCAAUCACCUUUAAGAGCCAAUGAAAGGAGGGCAUUCUUGACUCCGCCCACCUCCAUGCCUCGUUUGCCUUCUUUGAGGAUUUUAUUAUCUUUUUACCCCUUUUGCAACUGGAAAGCACAGGACCAUUCCUUCAAACUGUUUCUUCUCACUGCUGUGAUGGACUCAUUAUGGAUGCUGACUACUGAUUUACAAACCCAAAACAAGAGUUGUUGUUUUUUGUUUGUUUGUUUUUUCCCCCCCUAAAAACAGGAACAAUGACUUUUGAACCAUUGGACAUCCAUUUGAAUUUGUUUCCUGUUGUCUCACACUUUUCACACUCUGGGAUUAUUAUUAUAAUUUUUUUUUUAAACAAAAAAAGAGGACAAUCCUUUGUGGACUCAACGGGGCCAACAUAUGAUGCAACACACACGCUGCAAUAAAAACUGGAGUUCACACACAUGCACACGCACACACACACACACAUAGUAUUUAUAGCACCAUACAUCAGAGGAUAUAAAAAAUGUUUUAGUAAGACUAAUAUAAAACUGUCUAAACCGCUAAUGUCGAAAAUUAUUUUUUUGCUCAAAAACCGUAAGUGCGGUGAUGCAGAUACACAUGCAUAGUAUUUAUAUCACCAUACGAUACGAUACGAUAGUAUAUUUAUUUAUUUAUAAAUACAUCGGAACCUCUUUGGUCGAACACAAUCUGUUCUGGGAUGCCGGUCAACCUCCUAUUAGUUCAAAGUUCAAAACAAUAUUUCCAUCAUGAAACCUCUAUUAACUGUACAGACAAGGGUUUAGGUAACAUUUGAUCAUUUUCAACCAUCAUACAAGUAUAAGAAUAUGUUAACUACAAUUAAUAUUCAAACUCCACAAAGGUAACAGAUGACUGAUAAUGGCGUAAUAAAUAAAGUUGUAGCAUUAGCUACACACAAGUGUAAAAAAAAAUUAAUUAAAAAGUUCUAAACAGUAAAGUGUAAAAAUAAUACCUCUGCCUUAACUUUGGUAACAAAUGACUCGGGCAUGUAUGAUGACACUGGAAUCUGACUGGCAUAAAUAUGAGGCCAACUUGACAUAACGGUUUAUAAAAUGUUCUAAAUUCUUCUUUUCCCCUCAUGUUCUUCUUCAUUUAACACUCCUUAUUUAGGCUGCUACUCCUUUUCGAAUAAGUGUCCCAAGAAAAGCCAAAUGAACAACACGCAGUUAAUCCUAUGAGGCUCACUGUAAUGAGUUUAAGUUGACCUCUUGCGAAUAAUUCGUGAGUCCCGUUUGGAUUUUGAGGAUGUUCAGCCGUAGAGGUUCCACUGUGACGAUUUGUGUCUGAAGCCCACCAAUGUCUCACUGUUACAACAUGUUGGGAAGUGUCUUCAUGUUAAACGCGAAAACUAAACUAUUUCUCAGCAGCCUGAAGUAAAAUUGUUUUGUUUUGGUUAGUUGCGUAUUUGUAAGUAUAGUGAUGCAAAAACACACGCACACACCAGGGUGGCCUACCUGGUUGCUGCUGCUGACUUUUCACCUUUGACCUCACCACUGUUUGCCGCCGGCUCCUGAUUGGCUGCCUGCGGGCUCUGAGCUCAACUGGGGUUGGUCGAUUCAGGUGCAUAACUUAAAGAUACGCUGACCAGCCACAGCUUUGUUAACACUUGCAAAAUAUGAUAUGUCAUACAAGAGCUGUAUCAAAUAUUGUGCCUAUACAAAGAUAGGAAUGUUCAGUUUUGAUUGACACUGUCAGUGAUGUAUUGAUUUAACAAUUGAAAAUCUUCAUUAUUGUGUUUGUCAUUUUCAAUGGUGGGGAACUGCAUGAGAUCAUAAUACUUACUUCAUUGAGACAUUGCUCUCUGGGAGCAUUUUUACCUUCGUUAACCAGAAUUUUGAAUAUGGCGCAUGUAUAUUAUACAGUAUUGUGCCAUUGGUCAUGAUGCUCCGGCUGGUCGGUGACGCGUCAUGCGGAAAAGUAGUCAGUCUGUGGAGGCCAAAAUCAAAAAGCCUCAUUUUUAACUAAACUGGCCACUAAAUGCAUUUAUCUUGGUAUUGUUCAUGUUAUUUAUUUUGGUGAAAGACUGUGAUUUGAUUUGUGCAUAUAUAAACAGGAAGCCUUGAGCAUCCAGCUUAAAGCUGCGUUUGUUUUUUGGGGUGUUACGUUCCGUUUUGUGA